AUGCGCUUCUCUCUCACCCGGCUUAUGGCCUCUGGCCUGCUCUGCGCUGGCCUCGUCUCUGCCCAGACUGGCGGCUCAAUUGCCAAUGGCCCCUUUGACGAAGAUCUCAACGGCUCCAACUUCACCUACCCGCAUCCAGUGAAGCUUUUCCGCUUCCACAACCAGCUCCAGGACCUGGAGAUGGCCUUUAUGGACGUCCCUCCCUCUUGCAAACCCAACGGCAAGACUGCCGUCGUGUUGCACGGCAAGAACUUUUGCGGUCCUACCUGGGGUGCCACAAUCAAGGUCCUGACCAGGAUGGGCUACCGCGUCAUUGCCCCGGAUCAAGUUGGCUUCUGCAAGAGUAGUAAGCCCAAAGGCUACCAGUUCAGCACCAACCAGCUGGCCAAGAACACGCAAGCGCUACUCGCGACUCUCGGAAUCAACAAGAUUACUCUGAUUGGCCACUCGCUUGGUGGCAUGCUCUCGAUCCGAUUUGGCCUGCAAUAUCCCGGCAUGAUUGACAAGCUCGUUCUCGUCGACCCGGUCGGUCUCGAGGACUACGUGGAAAAGGGUGUCCCCUAUAUCGCUCUCGACGACAGCUACAAGUCCGAGUCGGCUCAGAACUACAAUUCCAUCAGAGGCUACGAGCAAGACGUGUACUACGUCGGCCAGUGGAAGAGUGACUACGACACGUGGGUCAACAUGCUGGUCAACAUUUACAACGGCUCCAAGCGCGAGCAGUAUGUCGCCAACCAGGCGCAAAUUGUCGACAUGGUGCUGACCUCGCCCGUUGCCCACUAUUUCGGUGACCUCACGCCUGAGACUCUCCUCAUUGUCGGCGACAAGGACAAGACUGCCAUCGGAUCCCAGUGGAGCCCUCCUGAUGUCGCGGCCAAGCUCGGUCACUUUGACGUUCUGGGACCUCAGGUCGCUUCUCAGCUUCCCAACGGCCGGCCGCACCGGUUUCAGGAUCUUGGUCAUGCCCCCCAGCUGUCUGACCCUUCGGCUUUCCAUGCCGUCGUGGUCGACUUUCUUCGGUCGUAG